GCAGACGCUAAGUAUUUUCUACAGAAAUAUUAUUUAUCUAUUCAAGCAGAAUGCUCCUAUUUGUUUCCAGCUCACAUAUAAGGGACCACAGCGACGCAUUUAAAACCGCACGAUUUACGACAAAACUGUUGCGCAACGCGACUAUUUCCCAGUGCUCAUUUGAGACGGACUAUCCAGGUGUAUCCCUUUCGGACAGAUCCAGGUGGUGCGCAGUACUGUGUAUUCUGCAAGGAGGACACCUAUUUCCCUCGGGCCAAGCGACUCCACCGCGUUCCUCCGAGAGCCGCUCCUGGGUACCGCUGACAGCGGCCAUGACCGGGAACAAGACCAGCCACCCUUCCGCCCUCAGUCCGCACAGCUGGGCAUGCGCAGCGCCUGCACGGGGGAGCGCGAUGUGACCUCGGCGCAUGCGCGUCUCCCGCUUCUCCCCGCUUCUCCCCGCUCGUCCGCGGGGCUGCGUUCGCGCUGCCGCCGGGUCGGGUCCUUCCGCGCUCCCCCUGCUCCUCUCCCGGUGCUCCGGCGGUGCCGUGCCUCACGAGGGGAUCGGGAGUUGGGGAAACUCCGCGGUCGGGGCGACCUCUCACGUCACGUGGUUGGGGUCGUGGCGGCGCCCUGCCCGGGACAGGCUGGCCGCGCGACGCCUGACAGGGCUGUCUCCAGGGGGCCCGCGGGCCGUGCGCCGCGGCAGGCGCUUCUACCUUCUUCUCUUGUCACUAGCCGGCGAGGGUAGAGCGGUAAGGCCGGGGCUGUCCGUCGCGGUGCCAUCUCAGCGCUCCGAGGCCCCGCCCGCUCAGGCGGCUGGUCGGACAGCUCUGGCGGGCCUUGUUCGCGGCGGGAUCCCGACGUGACCUCGGGGUGCGCUGGUCGGGAGCGGCGAGCGGGCGGAUUUAUGUGCCGGGAGUGGGGCCGAGCUGGACGGCAGCGGCGGUUGGCGGGGCCGACGCGGGCACCAUGGGUGUGAUAGGUGUACAGUUGGUGGUUACCAUGGUAAUGGCUAGUGUCAUACAGAAGAUCAUACCUCACUAUUCUCUUGCUCGUUGGCUUCUCUGUAGUGGCAGCUUGCGGUGGUAUCAACAUCCCACUGAAGAAGAACUGCGGAUUCUUGCAGGGAAGCAAAGAGGGAAAAGUAAAAAAGAUAGAAAAUAUAAUGGUCAUAUUGAAAACAAACCCUUAACCAUUCCAAAAGAUAUUGAUCUUCAUUUGGAAACAAAAUCUGUAACAGAAAGAGACACUAUUGCAUUGCAUUACUUUCCGGAAUAUCAGUGGUUGGUGGAUUUCACUGUUGCAGCUACAGUUGUGUAUGUGGUGACAGAAGCCUAUUACAGCAUUAUGAAGCCCUCACAAGAAAUGAAUAUCAGCAUAGUGUGGUGUCUGCUUGUCUUGGCUUUUGCAGUUAAAGUACUGUUUUCAUUGACUACCCACUAUUUCAAAGUUGAGGAUGGAGGUGAAAGAUCAGUCUGUGUCACCUUUGGAUUUUUCUUCUUUGUGAAAGCAAUGGCAAUUCUCAUUGUGACAGAAAACUAUCUAGAGUUUGGAUUGGAAUCAGGAUUCUCGAAUUUCUCAGAAAGUGCUAUGCAGUUUCUUGAAAAACAAGGUUUGGAAUCCCAGGGUCCUGUGUCUAAACUAACCUUCAAAUUGUUCCUGGCUGUUCUGUGUUCACUUAUUGGUGCUUUUUUGACAUUCCCUGGCUUGCGACUGGCUCAAAUGCAUCUGGAUGCUCUGAAUUUAGCAACAGAAAAAAUAACACAAACAUUGCUACAUAUAAACUUCUUGGCACCUUUAUUUAUGGUUCUACUCUGGGUAAAACCAAUCACUAAGGACUACAUUAUGAGCCCACCUUUGGGCAAAGAGAGCAUUCCUUUAAUGUCAGAAGAUACAUUUGAUACCGUCAGAUUGUGGAUUAUAAUCCUGUUGUGUGUUUUACGAUUGGCUAUGAUGCGUCAUCAUUUACAGGCCUAUCUGAAUUUAGCCCAGAAAAGUGUGGAUCAGAUGAAAAAGGAAGCUGGUAGAAUAAGUAUGGUUGAUUUACAGAAAAUGGUGGCUCGGGUAUUCUAUUAUCUCUGUGUAAUUGCACUGCAGUAUGUUGCACCAUUGGUAAUGCUUCUUCACACAACUCUGCUCUUGAAAACACUAGGUAAUUAUUCUUGGGGCAUCUACCCAGGAUUGAAUUCUGACACUCCAGUAGAAAACAGUCUGCUUCCCAAUUCUGUUUAUUCUGAGUCUCCACCUGCUGAUGGAAAGAUGAAAGUAACUGUAGUACAAAUAACAAUGGCUCUGGGAAGCCUAAAGAAUAUUUUUACUCCUCUCCUGUUCCGGGGACUCCUGUCUUUCCUCACUUGGUGGAUUGCUGCUUGCCUUUUUUCUACAAGCCUUUUUGGGCUCUUCUAUCACCAGUACCUGACUGUGGCAUGAACAAGUCAAGUGACAGAACAAGUGUGAGUUGAAAGGGCUGUUUGGUUUUUGUGCCUCUUUAGAGGUACUUAGCUAUACUAAAGAACUUACACUGUCUUGGAAGAAAAUAUUUACUUAUACUGUUAAUCUUAAAAUUUCUGCUCUGUCAAAUCAUCGUCUUUUGCCACUUUAAUUUGUGCUAACUUGGCCAUAUAAUGGUAAUUAAUAUAUCUUGGCUUCAGAAAUAGAUUUUCUGUAUAAUAAAACAGCUGUGUUAUAAGAAAAAGAGCAAAGUAUUAACUUUACAGUUUUUGCUUAACUGGAUAGAUUCCAGUCAUAAAAUUAUUUACAGUUUUUCAGAUGUUUUGUGUAUUUGCAAAACGGGAAUGGGGAUUUAUAUGCAGUAGCUUUUUUAAACAGUUAAUAUUAUACUUCACAAAGGUCAGUGGGUUUUUUAGCUAAUACUAGCUCUUUUUAUGUUACUGUUCUUUUUCUCUUGAAUUUGUGUACAGCUUUGGCAUAUGAUAAGCAUUUAUAAAUGGAAAAGCUUAACUAAAUUUUUAAUAUGUAGCAAACCUAUCAUAUGGGAGAACAAACUCAAUUAAUUCAGAAAAUCAAGAUUUUAAGCUGGUGAUAAACUAUCUUGCUGUGUUGAAAGCCUUUUAAGUUAUUUAUUUGUUUAUUAAGUUGCAUUUAUUGGAGAAAGAUUUGUGUACACCAGCCUAGUACCUACUGCAUGUGUUUGGGAUGUCUGAGCACACCUUGCAUGAUGCUACUGGUUUCAUUGCAGUAUUUCAGUUUGCAAGCUUUGUUGUUUUCACACCACCUUUUUGUAACUAAUAGGGACAAAGGCUUAACUGCGAAUUGGCCUAAAGAAUAAUAUUUGACCUCAUAGUUUGAAAUUUCAAGCAUACCUAGGAAGUAUCUUUCAGAUGAAUAAUGGACAAAAUAUGACAGGUCCAACAAUACUGGACCCACUUUCAUAUUAGUUCAAGAUAUGUCAUUACUACAAGAUACGUCUUUACUAAUAGAAUUACUAAGGCCAGCUUUUAGGUUAGAGUUAGGUGUUCAAUGCCAAUCUUGUGUUCAGAAAAAUUAAACUAUGCAGAACAGUUUGAUUCUGAUGAAGCUCACUAUAUAGGAGAUGUAACCUGUUGUUGAAAUCUGAAGGAGUAAAUUUUGGAUACUUGAGAAUACUUCAAAAUAAUGUUAAGCAACAGUUUUUGCUGAUAUAGUGAGUCUGAAAGCUUAUAAGCAAAAGUGUACUGUAGUUAUAUAAUAAUGCAUUCAGCAAAAGUAAUAAGGAUCAUGUAGCUGAACUUCACAAAGCUUUUGCUAAGAGCUCAUGCUGACUUACUAUUCAGACAUCACACAGAUCACAGUGAAAAAUAGGCACCUGGUAUUACAAACAUGAAGAUCAGUGCUUGUAGCCACUGUGCUAUUCUAUUGUUCUACAGACCAUUGUUCUGCAGAAUUGAAUGGUUGACCUUCUGGUCAGCAGUGAAUGGGAGAUGGUCUUUCUUUGGAUCCAUUUAAUCCUGACAUGAGUCCAGAAGGCUUAUGAAAAACUAAAAUAUGGUAAUAAAAGCCUUUGAAACAUGUGGUGACAGUGAAACCAGAGGGACUGUAUUGCUAAGGUUGUGGAGCAGUGCUUCUGACAAGUACGUGAUACAAUCAAAAUGUGCUUUUAAAAUAAAGUAGCAACCCUGAUAGUCCUAACUUCAAUAUGUAUUGUGUAAGUUCAAAGGAAUAUCUGCUCACUUCUGUAGUAAGUUCCUUUGAAACAGCAGCUGGCAAAUGGUUUUUUUGUUUGUUUCAUGGAGACCUUUAUCAGCACCUGGCAAUGGGGGGAAAGCAUCUUGCAGAAAUGGAAAAGCAAUAAAAUAUGACUGAAAGGUUGGUAGAUAUUA